GGUCAAACUCUUCGAUUUCAAUGCUGUGCGGAGCGAGGAAAAGGUUUCUACCAUGGCAUCCAAGCAAUUGCACCAUUCUUCUUAGCAUUUCUUCUACUUCUUGGAUAGUUCUACCUCGGACUUGGACUUGAUUGUUCAACAAUAAUUGCAACAUGGCCGCUCCACAGACAGAGUCCCACGGCGUGCUGGCAGACGAGACCGGCAGCAACCACAACUCUCUCGUCUCGUCACCCGACAAAGCCAAUGGCGUCCAAAUCGUGACCUUUGACGGACCUUCCGACAAGAGGAAUCCUUACAACUGGAGCGAAACGAAGAAAUGGCUGGUAGCAGGGAUGGCUAUGCUAGGAACUCUCACAUUGACUCUAAACGGAACCUCCAUCACCAUUGCGGCAGAUCAAAUAGCCGAGCAGUUCCAUAUCGCGGACACGGCGACGUUCACACAUACAUACUGGACCACCACGAGUUGGACGCUCGGAGGAGCGGUAUUCAUCAUUGUUGGACUGCCAUUGAUGGAGGAUAUCGGAGUUCAAGCCGGAUUUCUGACCUCGUACAUUCUAUUCCUACUGUUCGUCAUACCACAAGCGGUGGCGACCAACUAUGCCACUCUUGUCGUGUCAAGAUUCUUCUCAGGAGGACUGGUCGCUCUGUGUGCCAACACCAUCUCGAGUAUCAUUCCUGAUCUGUGGGCUACAGACAAAGCUCGCAGUUUUCCAGUCAGCAUCUACAUCGUCUGCUACCUCGUCGGCUCCACCCUCGGACCCGUCCUCUUCGCCGGCGUAGUCCAAGCCACCAAUUCCUUCCGCUGGAUCUUCUACAUCCAACUCAUCCUCUACGGCACCCUCCUCCCCUUCUACAUCCUCAUCCUCCGCGAAACCCGCCCCAACAUCAUCCUCCGCCGCAUCGCCUCCCGUCUCCAAAAGUCCUCCCCCCCUUCAACAUCCCAAACCUUCACAACAGCAGACGACCUCUCCUCCCCCGGUCUCAUCCCUCACCUCUUGACAUCCAUCCGCCGCCCGAUGUACCUCCUCUUCACGGAACCCGUCCUCGCCGCAUCAACCCUCUGGUCCGCCUUUGCCUUCGGCACCGUCUUCGUCUUCACCCAGUCCGUCGAACAAGUCUUCCAGUCUCUCUACGGCUGGUCCGCUUACACCUGCGGCUACAUCCAAGGCGCCGUCGUCAUCGGCGAGCUCCUCGGCUGGCUCGUCUCCCUCCCAUCAAUACGCAUCUACCUCGCCUCCGCCUCCCGCAACACCGAAAGUCCCGGCACCCCCAUCCCCGAAGCGCGACUCUACGUCUCCGUCGCGGGCUCCUUCAUCGGCAUCACCGGCGGCAUGUUCGUCUACGCCUGGACCUCCUCCCCUUUCCUCCCCUGGAUCGCACCCGCCACGGGCCUCCUAAUGGUCGGCUUCGGAAUCCAAGUCGUCGUGUCCGCCGUCGCCGACUACGUCACCGACGCAUACGCGGAGUCCGGGUACGCGGGCUCCGCCAUCAGCGCCGUCGCGGCGGGGGAGAAUGUCAUCGCGGGAUUGCUGCCGCUGGCGACGCAGAGCAUGUAUACGAAUUUAGGGUUUCGGUGGGCGAGUACGUUGAUUGGAUUUUUGGCGCUGGGGGUGACUUUUGCGCCGGUGGUGUUUAUUUGGAAGGGACGGACACUGAGGGAGAGGAGUCCGUUUAUGAAGAGUGCGGGGAAGAGAGGGGGUGUUGCUGUUGAGGAAAAGGGGGGAGAAGAGGAUGAGGUGAAAAGUUGA